AUGCUUUGCUUCAAAACAGAGAAGAGCGGAAACGACUACGAGAGCAGUUACUCUUCUAACUUUAACACCGGAAACGCAUUCAGUUACCUUUCUAAGAGCUACUUAAAUUUCUCUUCUUUGCUUCACUGUAGGAAUUCAUUCACUCAAUUAGAAGCCGCCUCUAAGGAUAAAGUCUUUCAUCUGCAGGGUAGGCGCUGUGAUAUCAGGCCUGGGACUACAAAAAGUUAUGAGACUGUCUCCUACCGAAUUCUGUCGAUGGAAAAUCCUCUAGCGUCUAACUCUUCCUCAAGAGUCCUUCAGACUCAGGCAAACUCAAGCCGGAAGAGCCUCUUAUAUUAUAGGCCCUGCAAGACCGCGUCUACCUCCUUCUUAGAUAAAGGCAUAGAGGAAGCCGGUAGGCUAUUCUUUAUUCUGGGAGAGACUUUCGAUUCCUUCCGCCUCAAGUACGUUCCAGUUUCUGCCCGCAAAGAUAAUAAUAUCAAACUCGAAAAUAAAGUCCUGCUUGCACCGGUCGACUACAAGGCAUGGGCCUUGCUGCAGGCGUGGUAA